UAUUGACGCCAUCCCAUUAUUGAUCAACCGUGAUUCAGCGCGAGAGAGAUAGAGAUAGAGAUGGCGACGAGCAGGGCUGCGGCGGCGAGAUUGGAGGGGGAGACGGCGGCGGCGGCGAGGAUUGUUUGGAGUGAGGAGAGAGAGAGAUUCGAAACGGAUGAUAAAGUGGCAUACCUAGAUUACGAGGUGAAGGAUGGAGGAAAAGUAAUGGAUAUCCUUCACACCUAUGUCCCUCCCAGCAAAAGGGGUCUAGGUCUCGCUAAUCAUCUCUGUCGAGCUGCUUUCUCUCACGCCCAGUCCCGAUCCAUGACCAUCAUCCCCACCUGUUCUUACGUCUCCGAGACAUUCCUUCCUCGAAACCCAACAUGGAAAACAUUGGUGGUGCAGUCUGAGGAUCUCAAAUCUAGCAUGUAACAGCAAACUAUGAAUGAAUCUGCAGUUUCAACUCUCCAUGGAAUGGAAUAGAAUGGAAGUGAUUCCAAGUCCUGAGACCAUAAGAUGUUAGUUUUUCUAUAUAUUAAUUACAUACCUACAUGGUUUGAUGAUAAUGAUGAUGAUCCUAAACCUUGUUUUACUUUGUUGUGCACCUAGCUACUUGAGACUGGUAAAUAAAUAUCAUUUAUCACUAAUAAUAAUAAUAAUAAUAAUAAUAAUAAUAAUAAAGAACCAGUUCUCUUCUGUAAAUUUGGUUUUCUGAA